GCACCGCCUCCUUGCUUACGGAUACAAGAGUAGCAAAGCGAGUCGUUCCUUUUACAAAGCUGUUGUUUGGCUUCCACUACCUUUCUCCAAGAUACUCUCUCCUGAGAAGAUAUUUCUUUUUUUUUUUUUUUUAUUUACGAAAAAGACGAUGGGGUCCUCUGGGGUUCGAUUGGUCGUGAUUUUUGCUCUGAUGGCGUUGUGUACGGCACAGGCGCCAGCGCCGACACCAGCACCGGCACAUGAUUCCCCAAAGCCUAUGCCUCCCACCCCAGCCACGCCGGCGCCUUCUCCGGUUGCAUUCCCUCCAUCUCCGUCUCGGUCGCCAAUCAGAGCACCAUCACCCUCACCGACCUCGGCGUCGCCCUCACCUGCUACAGAGGCUCCAUCACCGGCACCGUCGGCACAUGCUCCUGCUCCAGAGACUAAAGCGCCUACCCCAUCUCCGGCGACUAGUGCACCCACCCCAGCUCCCAGCUCCCGACCUGUUCCUUCGGGGUCUCCCGCCGGUGCUCCUGUAGUUCCACCAAUCGCUUCUCCUCCUUCACCCAGUACAGACGGGCCUUCACCGAUGCCCGAAGCACCAGCGGCCGAUAGCCCAGCUGGAGCGGCGUCGCACAUCGGCGGAGCGACAACGUUGGGGAUCGCUAUUGCUGGAACUCUGUUGGCAAUGGUUGUAGCGUAGAUUGAAGUAAUGGGUAUAUGUGAAGGUGGGUUGCACUGAUGGGUGAUUGAAUCCUCUGCCUUUCUAAUUCCCUUAUACACAGCCUUUACAAAAUUAGAUUACUGUCGUUAUUAUAUAUUUUUUUAAUCUUGGACAUUGAGAGAGCUGGUUUUGUAAUUUUGGUAGUCAUGUUUAUUUGAGGACUCAUCGUUCUUGUGUUCAUCAUUGUUGUGCCCAUUUCAUUUAUACAUAAAUCACUCCUCUGUACAUCAGAUUAGAGAUUAAUAAAAUUGCUAAUCUUCAUUUUUUCUAAAAAAAA